AGGUACAUGUGAUUGCAAGUCUGGUUAUGGUGGUGAUCUUUGUCAGCAUCUGAUUAUGACAUCAACAGUCACCCAUUCGACAACAGAUACAAAAAUUGAUGUCACGCCGACGGAACUGUUUUUAAACAAUUCUUCGACUAAUCCGACUAGUGGUUCUCCGGCUCAUGGCUGUAACAAUGUUAACAACUGCAGUGGACAUGGUUAUUGUGUAGGCCCUGAUGUGUGCAAAUGUCACGAUGGAUUUGCUGGUCGCAAGUGCAAGCGAUGUAGUAAGGAUAGAUUCGGACCAACUUGCUCAAAAUGCAAAGAUUGCGAAGAAGGCAGAUGCAAUGAAAUCACAGGUAGACUCUGACGUUAAUUUUCCAAAAUGAAAUAUGAAUACUAGUACUAUUAUAAAACAAUUUGUUUUUGUUUUAAGCUUGACAAAAUAAUUUUAGGAAUCUGUGAUAUAACAACAACAAAGCGUGUGCAUACAGACGUCAUGAGAGAAACUACUUCUUCACCU